GAGGGCCAGUCCGAGGAGGCGGAGGAGGCGCAAGGGGAGGCGGAGGAGGCGCCGGAGGAGGAGCGGCUGCGGCGGCGCCCGCGGAGGAGGAGGCGAAGGCGGCGGCAGCGGUGGGGACGGCGGCCGGAGCCCUUGCCGGAGCCCGAGCCCCAGUGCACCAUGGCUGCCCAGGGCGAGCCGGGCUACCUGGCGGCGCAGUCGGACCCGGGCUCCACGAGCGAGCGCAGCACCGACUCACCCGUGCCGGGUUCUGAGGACGACCUGGCCGGGGGCCCCCUGCCCAGCCCCGAGUGGAGCGAGGAACGCUUCCGCGUGGACAGGAAGAAACUCGAGGCCAUGUUACAAGCUGCUGCUGAAGGAAAAGGCAAGAGUGGAGAAGACUUUUUCCAGAAGAUCAUGGAAGAGACAAACACACAGAUUGCUUGGCCAUCAAAGCUAAAGAUUGGAGCAAAAUCCAAGAAAGAUCCUCAUAUUAAGGUCUCUGGAAAGAAGGAAAAUGUUAAGGAAGCCAAGGAAAAGAUAAUGUCUGUCUUGGACACCAAAAGCAACCGAGUAACCCUGAAGAUGGAUGUUUCACACACAGAGCACUCUCAUGUAAUUGGGAAAGGUGGGAACAAUAUUAAAAAGGUGAUGGAAGAAACAGGAUGUCACAUCCACUUUCCCGACUCCAAUAGGAACAACCAAGCAGAAAAAAGCAACCAGGUGUCUAUUGCAGGACAGCCAGCUGGUGUCGAGUCUGCCCGAGUUAGAAUUCGGGAGCUGCUGCCCUUGGUCCUGAUGUUCGAACUGCCCAUCGCUGGUAUUCUUCAACCCAUUCCAGAUCCCAAUUCUCCCACUCUUCAGCACAUAUCGCAAACGUACAACAUUUCAGUCUCAUUUAAGCAGCGUUCCCGCAUGUAUGGUGCUACCGUCAUUGUCCGAGGGAGCCAAAACAACUCCAGUGCAGUGAAGGAAGGAACUGCCAUGCUGCUGGAGCAUCUCGCAGGGAGCUUGGCAUCUGCCAUCCCCGUGAGUACCCAGCUAGACAUCGCCACUCAGCACCAUCUCUUUAUGAUGGGGCGAAAUGGAAGCCACGUCAAACAGAUCAUGCAGAGAACUGGUGCUCAGAUCCACUUUCCUGACCCUAAUAACCCGCAGAAGAAAUCCACUGUCUACCUCCAGGGCACCAUUGAGUCCGUUUGUCUUGCAAGACAAUAUCUCAUGGGCUGUCUUCCUCUCGUGUUAAUGUUUGAUAUGAAGGAAGAAAUCGAUGUGGAACCUCAGUUCAUCGCUCAAUUGAUGGAGCAGCUAGAUGUCUUCAUCAGCAUCAAACCCAAGCCAAAACAACCGAGUAAGUCUGUGAUUGUGAAAAGCGUUGAGCGAAAUGCCUUAAAUAUGUAUGAAGCCAGGAAAUGUCUCCUCGGACUUGAAAGUAGUGGCGUUACCAUAACAACCAGCCGGUCUCCAGUCUCGUGCCCUGCCGGCCUGUCAUGUCCGGGCUUGGAUAUCUUAGCUUCUGCGGGCCUGGGACUCACUGGACUAGGUCUUCUUGGCCCGACCGCCUUGUCUGUAAACACCUCGACGACUCCGAACUCGCUCCUGAAUGCUCUGAACAGCUCUGUGAGCCCCCUGCAGAGCCCGAGUUCUGGGACCCCGAGCCCGACGCUCUGGGCUCCCCCGCUCGCCAACACUUCGAGUGCCGCAGGUUUUCCAGCGCUCCCACACCUCAUGAUUCCCUCCACCGCCCAGGCCACGCUGACCAGUAUCUUGUUGUCCGGCGUGCCCAGCUACAGCCAGACGACGCCAUCUCCGCCUCCCGGCCUGACCCCUGUAGAAGUCCACGUCAACGGCAUGCAGUCAGAAGGCCCCCAAGGCUCUCCUGCUCUCAAUGGACACGUGCAGUCGUCAAAGAUAAAAUAUGGUGCAAUAUCGACCUCAUCCCUUGGAGAAAAAGUGCUGACUGGAAAUCAUGGUGACCCUUCACGCCAGACAAAUGCCUCCGAGCAAGUGUCAUCCAAAUCCAGUGCCUCCGAAGGUUGCAAUGAUGCUUUUGUGGAAGUGGGGAUGCCUCGAAGUCCUUCCCAUUCAGCCAAUACCGCUGAGCUCAAGCAGAUGAUGACUUCCUCCAAGGUGUCCUGCUCCAAGAGGCAGACAGUAGAAUUACUGCAAGGCACAAAGAACUCUCAUUUACAUACCACUGAACGCUUGCUCUCGGACCCAGAACUGAGUGCGUCAGAGAGUCCUUUGGCUGACAAGAAGGCCCCAGGCAGUGAACGGGCAGCCGAGAGGGCAGCAGCGGCCCAACAGAACUCGGAAAGGGUUCGCCUCACUCCACGAUCGUCAUAUGUCAACAUGCAGGCAUUUGACUAUGAACAGAAGAAGUUGCUAGCAACCAAAGCAAUGCUGAAAAAGCCAGUGGUGACGGAAGUGAGGACCCCGACCAACACGUGGAGUGGCCUGGGAUUUUCCAAAUCCAUGCCGGCCGAGACCAUCAAGGAGCUGAGGAGGGCCAAUCACGUCUCCUAUAAGCCCACCAUGAGGACCACCUAUGAGGGAUCAUCAAUGUCUCUCUCACGGUCCAACAGUCGUGAACACCUGGGAAGUGGAAGUGAAUCUGAUAACUGGAGAGAUCGGAAUGGAAUUGGCCCGACUCCUCACAGCGAAUUUACGACUUCUCUUGGGAGCCCCAAACGCAAGCAAAACAAAUCAACCGAACACUAUCUCAGCAGCAGCAAUUAUAUGGACUGCAUUUCCUCGCUGAUUGGAAGCAAUGGCUGUAGCUUGAAUAGCUCCCUCAAGGGAUCUGACCUCCCCGAGCUCUUCAGCAAGCUUGGACUGGGUAAAUACACCGAUGUGUUCCAGCAGCAGGAGAUUGAUCUUCAGACAUUCCUCACCCUUACAGAUCAGGAUUUAAAGGAGCUGGGGAUUACAACUUUUGGGGCCAGGAGGAAAAUGCUGCUCGCCAUCUCAGAACUGAAUAAAAACCGAAGGAAACUUUUCGAACCACCCAAUACGCGAGCCUCUUCUCUGGAAGGAGGAGCCAGUGGGAGGCUGCCUCGUCAGUAUCAUUCGGACAUUGCUAGUGUCAGCGGCCGCUGGUAGCGCCGAGCCUUGGCUCUCCCCCAGAUAACUCUUGAGUUGGACACAGGGAUCCUGUGGCCGACCAGCUGUCACUGCACAUCACCCUCAGCACUUUGGCAUUGGGGACCAGGACCAAAGCGUUUUGAAGAAACAUUCAUCUGUCGUCUUGCAGAACACCGAAAUGUGGAUUUCUUUUUCUUACAUAGAUUCGACAGAAUUUGCAAUAAUAAUAAUAAUAAUAAGAGGGGUUUAGUUUUUUUAUUUCCUACAAAAUGUAUGCACUGAAUUUUUACUUUGAAUGAAGGAUAAAGAAUUGACAUCUGAGAUGCUGAAGAGCAGAGAUUUUUUUGUGUUUGUUUGGAGGUGGAUUUUUGGAUUUGUUUUUUUUUUUCUUUUGUUGUUUGGGUUGUAUUUUUUUUAUCAAGUUGGAAUUUUCUGGUACUGCUUAAAAAUAAUUAUUGAGGUCUUUCAGCACUUUACAUGUCCUGAUUUCUUGUCCUGUGGAAAUUAUUUUUUUUCCCUCCUGUUUUUUUUUUUCACAUCAACUCAUAUAUUGGCCCCAAUCAAAUUCAGCCAUGUGUUCCUACUAGAUAAAAUUUCUCCCACUGAUGGUACGAGAUUAUGAUCUUUAUGCAUAUUAUCCUAUAAUUUCAUGGCGAGUGGCCGGGAUGGGAGGGUGGAAGGUGAUAGAAAAACAGUUCACUUGGUUCUGGACCAAUUCUAUCCGUUUAGGUUUUGCAGCCUAGAAACCUUUAGCCCUGAAAUUUGCUCAUCUGUAAUCAGUGUGAUGAAAGACCAAGAUGGAUCUUGCAAUAUUAAUCCUUUGCAGUCUUCAUAUUUAACUGCUGCCUGUAUUGCCAAAAAGAAAUGAUUUUAAUGGUUGUCUGAAGGCAAAGGGCUAUUUUUUAGUAUACUGCCACUAAAGGACAUUUAUUUAUAUCAGACUUUUAUUUUUAGGUACUAUAAGCAUUAGUGUACUUAACAGAGGAAACUGAGACCUACUAAAAUAUAUGGUAGAGAAUGAUUGGCAUUCAUGCGACUGGAGCUCAAACCCAACUCUAUUUAACAGACAAGACAGCACUGAUGCUGUGAUAACGGGAAGCAGCGGCCACAGUGCUGGCUCCAUAGGCGAUUCUUAGGCACCAAACACGUGCGCGAGGUAUCCGGAAUCCUAGGCGGUGUUUGGCUGACAUUCAUCUGGGGCAGGGGAAGCUGGUUGUCUUCGGAUGGGCCCUUUCCAACCGUGGCUGGGCUUGAAAUACCCACGGCCACAACAUCAGUGGUCAGAGCUCCUAAUUACAUUCUGAUACUGUGAAAGUCCACGAAACCUGGCAAUGUUUCCUGUGUCUCUCUUCAGACAUCCUCUUAUAGACUUAGGAAGGGUUUACAUGGAAGAAAAAAAGUCCAAAUAUGCCUAUGUGCCUCUCUCUCCCUCUCCCCCUUUUUCUUUCUCUCCCCUUUCCUCAUCCUUGUCUCCUUCCCUCCUCCCCCUCUCUCCCUCCAUCUCUCUUCUCUCAAGUUCUCCUCCACUCUUGCUCUUUUCUCUCAAUCUUUUGCUCUCUUGAUUUUUUCUCUCAAUCCCUUGCUUUCUAUUUUUCUUCUUUCAUCUUUCUUUUCAUUUUUCCUUUCUUCUCUCCUUUUCCCCUCUCUCCCUCCUUUCCUUCCUCUCUCCCUCCCUUCUUCCCUUUCUCCCUUUCUCUUUUCCUCCCUUCCCUUCCCUUCUUCCCUUCCUCUUUCUCUCCUUCCUUCCCUCCCUCCUUCAUCACCCCCCCCCCAAGUCAGGUUCCAAGUGCAUUAAAUUUGUAGAAAUACUUUCUCAUAAGAAAUCUUGGGGUUCACCUGUACUGUAAAGCCUUAUUUAUGUUCAAUCUUCAGAACUUUAAAAAUGGACAUAAACCACUGUCAAGUGCUCUAAGCAGAAGACAUUAAGAUAAGCAUUUACAGUAGUUGAGUUUAAUGUGUGUGUGUUUUUUUUUAAUGGAAACAUGGGAUGAAAAAUUCUUGCUGACACUUUUUCAUGGAGAAAUCCUAUCCUUAAAGAAAGGAAAGAAAAUUGAGGAGACAAUUUGCACAGAGAGAGAACGUUUUUCACUUUAAAAAAUAAAGGUGGCCAUAUUGAAGGCAUAACUGAUGAGGCAAUCAUGGAAUGAUCAGUGAUAAUUGCAAAUAAGAGACUGCUCAGCUGGAGAUGGAGCCAGAUCUUCUUCAUGAUGUGGGAUUGGAAUGCUCUCUCUACAAGUAGAUCUGAUGAUGGGCAUUUCUUCCACUUGAUUCAUUUAAAUCUGUCACACUCAAUUGUCCGCACCUGGUAGUGACUCCCAUUUGAGAUUCAGAUUUAGCUGAGUUAGUCUCUUGAAUUUUGCCAUUCUUCUUUUACAAGACCUCCCUAGUGGGAAAAUAAGUUGUUUCUUUUGUGAGAACAACACGAGGCAUUGCAGCUAGAGAAAGAAGGCAAAACGUGGCUGAUAUUCAGUAGAUUGUGUGUCUUGAGAGCAAGACUUGUCUAGCUAUACCAAAAUGAAGGAUACCCCAGGACCCCUCCAGUAGUCAACAGAGGUGCAGAACCCAACCACCCAAUCAGCAACAACAACCAAAAAAAAAAACACUGGAAAUUAAUUUUUCUCACUUCUUUUGGAUUCCACAAAAGGAAUAGAAUGCUGCCUUGGGCAGUGUGGUCAGUGUUACAUGAUGCACAAAACAUUGGGAUUGAUAGAUUCAAAUGUUAGUUUUAAAUCUGUGCCUUAAUAGUGACCAGUUAUCUGUAAAUAUGGAGCAGAUACAGACUGUAUUUUUGUGUGGGUUUUGUCCUUUUACUGAUUUUUUUUAAAAAGAAGAAAGAUGGAAUUAAAUGUUAAAAAUGGGAAUUUUUCAAAACUAAUCAAUUGUUACAUGAGAAAUAAAUUGAUAUAACCUCUUUGUAUUGUU